AUGCCUAAUUCUAAAUCUGCUAUAACCCUAUUGAAUUCUACUUCAUCUCGGUUCCGUUUUGCUCGAACAUUCCUCCGAUUGUUCUCCCGGAUUAAAUCUCAAAGAUCCGCCACCUUUGCCUCCGCUCCUCCAGAUCAACUCAAACGCCAGAGUCAACGGAUAAAAAUGGUUGCAUACUCUUCCAUGGCUCGGGUUGCGGGGCCAAGGCGAGCUUGGGCUAGAGCCCUUCUCUUCAAGCUCCAGACGCGACCCAGACACAGGACUCUAAUGAGAAGAAAAAGGAGACCCUCGACUAGCCCUGAUGACCAGGUCGGUAAGCUCCGACGCCUGCUUCCCGGUGGUGAGACCAUGGACGUGUGCACGUUAUUGGAGGAAACUGCAAAUUACAUCCAUUGCUUGUCCACGCAGGUUAAGGUGAUGAAAGCCAUAUCUGAUCAGCACUUGUCAACGCCCAAUUAA